UCUAGAUAGUCUUUGUUUUGAUGUAUUGAUGGUCUGAUAAUGGCUGUAAAGGAACUGGCUAUACUUGUGGUGUUUUCUUUGACUGUCUGCACUGGGCAUGAAUUCUUCACUUCAACAGAUAAGAUUUCACAUCUUUUUGAAGAGGAGGGUUUCCUUCUGAGUGCCUUCGCUUCGUACAUUGAUGCAGAAGAAGACAUUAUAAAGAAAAUGAAGAGCGUCCUUCUGCUUCUUCAACUGCGCACACACACAGACCCUUCGGACCCUUCGGAAAUAAAAGACCCCGUGGCAGCUUUCAACCUCCUCAUACGGCUGAGAUCUGACUGGCUGAGCAUCGAAAAAUACACUCUGAGGAGUCUUCAUGAAUACAACGUGUAUCAGAUACUGCUGGAACAUGCACAGAUCCCUCAGUUAGAGGAUUUAAUGGGCGCAGCAUCAGGACUGAUCAGUCUGCAAGAGCUCUACAAACUCUACCCCAACAACAUCACAAAGGAAACGUCUUUAAAUGCAGAUAAUGCUUGCUUUGUUGGGUCGGUCGCUUAUAGCGAGGACAAAUUCCAGCAUGCCUUUCUCUGGUUUCUGUACAGUCUGAACAGAUUAACAGAAUACUCAACCACUACAGAGGAAGAGCUGCUCCAAUACCUUAGUGACUCAGCCUAUCAUUUUGGUAGCCUGCCUACGGCAAUCUACUUCAGCAAAUGGCUUUUUGAUCUGGACCCAACUAAUGAUGAAGUCAAAGUUCAGCUGGACCUGUAUAGACUCCUUCACAAUAAGAGAAAAUCAAACCCUGACAUAUUCACGCUGAACACAGAGUCAAGUAACUCCUAUGAGGCACUGUGCAGAGGAGAGAUUGAUGAGAGGACCUCCAGGAGGCAGAGGGCACUGUCCUGUAGAUACAGCACAGGUGGAGGAAACCCCAGACUGAUGUAUGCACCAGUGAAAGAGGAAGAGGAGUGGGACGAGCCUCGAAUCAUCAGAUUUCAUGACAUUAUUUCAGACCAAGAGAUAGAGAUCCUGAAGAACAUCUCCAGACCUCUACUUUCUAGAUCAGAGGUUUUUCAAGAUGGAAGGGGUGCUGUCUCAAAAGGCCGUGUUUCUCAAAGUGUUUUUCUACAAGAUGAUGACCCUGUGGAUGCUCUUGUCAAUCAGAGGAUUGCAGAUGCCACUGGACUCUCCAUGGAAACAGCCGAGUUACUGCAUGUUCAGAAUUAUGGGAUAGGUGGCAGAUAUGAACCACAUAACGAUGCUUUGAACAUACGGAAUGACAGGAUUGCAACAUUUCUAUUUUAUAUGAGUGAUGUGGAGAUAGGGGGCGCCACUGUGUUCCCUGAAGCUGGAGUUGCAGUGCAGCCAAAAAAGGGCUCAGCCGUGUUUUGGUACAACCUCCACAGAAAUGGAAAAGUGGAUUCGAAUGCAAAACAUGCUGGAUGCCCCGUGUUAUGGGGUAACAAAUGGGUGGCUAACAAAUGGAUCUAUGAGUUUGGACAAGAGUUCAAGAGACCCUGUUCUUUGUCAGAAUGGGAGUAAAGGACCGUACAGAGCCUGAAAUCAUACAGAAAGCAUAGGAUAUUUGUUUCUGGGCAUUCCUGAAAUUUAAGAUUAUUGAAGGUGAUAAAAAAUAUUAAUGCUUUAUAGCAUUUUAACCCACCAAAUACCAGCAUUUUGUCACCAUGCUUGUGUAUCCCAUUUUC